AUGACAAAACCCACAACGCCACUGCACUCUGUUGACUUCUACGACUGGAACGUGCUGACCCAGUUCAAGCUCAGGGGCGACCUGUUCAAGGACCCCGUGCUUAAUCGCGUGGCCUCCUACUUCAACGAGGGCGUCACCUAUCUGCUGAACGGCGGAUAUGUGUACAAGGCGCGGGGCUCGGGCAAGUGGAUGGCACUGCCCAAGACCGCCGCCACAGACGAAGCCUCAAAAACCGCGUCUCCUGACGCCAACCGCGACUACCCCAAGGAGCUGCUGGAACUAAUCAUCUCGGACGCAGACUCGGCCUCUUCGCUGGAAGAGUGCAAGAUUGUGGGCCGCGAUCCGUCCAGCUGGGCACCUGAGCAUCGGGUGCUUCUGGAGCGGGCCACAGAGUCCAAUCCAGACCUCAGCAUCGUGGCCGACUUUCUCGCCAUCGGAGGCACCUACGCCAAAAAGGACAAUUACCUGUUCCGAGUGGACAAUGGCGUGGACCGUAUGGUGGUGCCGCGAGGCGACGUACGCGACCAACUGAUCAGAGAAUGUCUGGAGGGCAUCAGCGAAGGAGAAGAUCCAGUGGAGCGGGUCCAAACUAUGGUGGCUCAGUAUUACGUCAUUCCGGAAUUGGAAACUGACGUGGUCAGGGUCAUGAGUUCUGAGGAGGGGGAGAAGCGGCUGCAACCUACUACAAAAGAGGCUGCUAUUGCACCAAAGACUCCAGUAGUCACUGCUGCUGCUGCUACUUCUACUCCCACCACUCCCUCUGCAUUGUCGUCUCCUGCAUCCGAUGUGUCUGUUGCCCCAUCUCUAUAA